AUGCGGGAAGAUCUGCACAUAAUAUUGGAUGUGGACCCCGGCGUCGAUGACGCCAUUGCCAUAGUCCUAGCCUUAGGCCUUGGAGCAAACGUUGAAGCGAUCACAUGUGUCAAUGGAAACACGAACGUUAAGAAAGCAUGCGACAACGUUCGACGGGUCCUAAAGUUACUUAACAAAACUUCGAUACCGAUAUACGAGGGGUCUGAUGAGCCCUUAACAGGAUACGUAGACACUGGAGACUAUUUUGGUGAAGACGCAUUCGGCAAUGUAGCAUGGAAGUACGGACUACCAGAUCAAAAUCAAGAAAAUACAUCAAUGAACAAACACGCAGCCUUCCUGAUGUUGGAGAUGGCUAAGGCAAAUAGAAACCUGUAUACCCUGGUGCUCUUGGGGCCACUGACCAAUCCCGCCGUGGCUUUAAAGGUUGACCCACAGUUUACGAGCUACUUGAAGGAUAUCUUCAUCCUUGGUGGAAAUGCUUACGGAAGGGGAAACGUGCUUCCCGGAGCCGAAUUUAAUUUCUGGGUCGACCCUGAAGCGGCGGAUGUUGUCCUAGCUAAGGCGCAGUGCCCUGUUACCAUCGUGCCCUGGGAAGCAAGCUUGGACUCCCUUCUGCCAUGGGUAACUAUAGAAUUCUGA